GGGACUAAAGCGCGCGCCAAUACUUGUUCGGGCAGGUCCUGCCAACCGGUUGACAAAAUGGCGGAUGACUUCUUAAUAAUAAUCAAUAUUUUGAUCUUUUUCUCCAAGAACAAGAUGUAGACUGCUGAAAACAAGGUAUGUACGUUAUCACCAGCCAAGUCCAAUGUAGUUAAUAUUUUUUUAACAUUUAUCAAAGUGGAAGUUGAACUGGUGCCGAAAAUAUACAAGCACGUGUAAAUGACAUGGAACAGUUUCUCAAAGCCAAGUGUGAAGAAACAUGGGAAAAACUCUAUGAGACCCAUUCCAGAAUUCAAAGUAAGAAGAACAACUACCCUCCCACAGGAAUAGAUAACAAUGAUGACAACGAUGUCCUGAAGGCUAUUCUCAGAGCAAAAGAAAAGAAACUUCAAGCUGAAAUAACAGCUAUGAAGAAUGAAAACAUUGAAGUUCCAGAGAAGGAGGAAUUGCUGAGUGAAGAAGAAUUAAAGCAAAAGCUGGAGGAGAGGACUUCUCAUCUUGAGAGCACAUUAUCUGUCAUUGAGAUGCAGAAACAAGACAUGAUGAAUGAACUGGAAAGAGAGGAAGAGAUAUUUCAGCAAAAUUUAGAAAUUCAAAAGUCAAUCCAAAGGAAAAUAAUGCAGCUGGAGAAUGAAAAGGAAAAUGUAAAGAGUGGUAACAGUCAAGUAAGAGAACUUGAGAAGAAGAUAAGAAUAACAGAGGAAAACCUUAGGGACUUACUUAAAAAGUUGGGAGCUUUCAUCAAGGAACACUUCCCAAUUCCUUCACCUGAAGAUCUCAAAGAAAAGGAAAAGAAACUGCCUCCCAGACAAAGAGUGGUAGACGCUGCUCAAAAGUAUAGUUCAUUCCACGAGUUAUUAGAGGACCUACUCAAUAAGAUGUGGCAAACUCCUCAUGACCCCUACGUCAAAAUACAACCAAACCAUUGGCCUCCAUACAUUGAACUGCUCUUGAGGUGUGGCAUAGCACUGCGACAUCAACACGACUGUAAUCUAAUUAAGCUAGAAUCAUUCCAGGCUUAGGAAGGUACAGGGAAGUAUAAAUUAAUAAUACAGGUUAAAAUCAGUGUUACUGUUGUGCAUCUUCUCUUAUAAUGCUUUUAAAACAUAGACAUGAUAUGUCAGCUUUAACCAUCCAGAAGAUACGGAGAGUGUGCAUGUUGUAUUUUAAAUGACUGUAUAAAUGAAAAGUAUUUAACAUGUUGACAAAAAGAAUAGAAGGAACAUAUAUAUAUAUACUAAAAACAAGUUUAAUACAUGUAUAUAUUAUUAAAUUACAUAUAGAAAUAUAUCUUGUUGCUGUACAAAACAAUCAUUAUCAUGAUGAUUUGAUGGGCACACUGCAAGGAACAUUUUAACAAAACAACUGGUUUGUCUGAUGCGACACAAGCAAUUUACAAUUAUACAGUAUGCCAUGUACCGCACAUAACAGUGGCAUAGGACAUCUUGUCAUCAAGCCUUUAUCUGUCACGCCUUAUGAUUGACAAAUACUAUUGGGGCACACUACAAGGAACACAUUAACAAAUAUUUGGUUUGUCUGUGACACAAGCAGUUUACUAAACACUAAGAUAUGCCAUGAACCACACAUAACAUUGGCAUACUGUAGGACAUCUUUUGUCAUCAAGCCUUUAUCUAUCACACCUUAUGAUUGUUAGUUGCUAUAUUGGGUCACACUGCAAGGAACAUUAACAAAACAACUGGCUUGUCUGAUAUGGCACAAUGUCACAAUGUUUUUUUAAAUGCACCAAGAUCCUAGGCAUGUAACUAUGCAAGUGGCAUACAACAUGUGCACAGUCUUGUAGUCUUGUCUGUCUUAAAGCAUCAACCCUCCAUCUGUUUUAACUUCAAUUUGUCCAUCUUAUGAAUUUUGUAUGCCAAUGCAUUAUACUUGUACUCAUACACAAACUGUAAUUCAUAUAUGCUACAUUGAUAUUUUGUUAACCAGCAGCACUACAUGUACUGCAUAAUUAUUGCAAUAUUUAUUAUAAACAUUAACAGGUCAAUCCUAUUUGUCCAGUGGUAGAGUGAAGCCACAAGUACAAGAUUUUGUCCAUUCACCAUUGAUUUUGUCUUUCUUGUGAAGCCUCUUGGGGAAAACAUGACAGUGACCUUCAUCUUUGAUGCUUGUUUUUCCUAAAAACAAAUUAAGGAAACAAUGUCCACAACUUUAACAUAUAAGAAAUAUAACAUGUACUGAAAGUAAAAACCUGGGUCGAGUCCCUUACAGUGAAAUUGCCAAUUGAAAGCCACUUGAUUAGGAUGACUACUUUGGUAUAUACUUCACAAAUUUUACAUGCAAUAAGAAUAGCUUUAUUGGGAAUCAAUGUGCAACAAUUUAGUACAGAAUCAAUCGUUGCUCAGUGCCAAUGACAGCGCGCAAGUCUACUGUAAUCAGUACAGAGAUGCUUGAGCCAUGAUACAGGGAUGACAUGUUUUCUAGGUUGCUGGUUACCUUGUUUCAUGUUUUGUGGCCAUGAGACAGCUACACUUGAAAUUUUCUCAUCUUCAAGUUGCUCACCACUUUGUUCUGACGUUCUUGACUCCUGUGCAUAAGGUACAUCACCAUCAUUACAUAUUUGGCCAUGAAUAUCACUGUCAUCAACAUCAUCAUCAAGUAGUUAUGUAAUAAUGUAAUUUAUGAUUUCAAUUUGUUAGGUCUUCCUUGAUUUGAGUUUUUUUUUUUGGUCUUCCUCUGCCUGCAAAGCCUCACAAUCUAAAUUCUCAUCUGAACCUUGCGUUAGCUGUGUCCUGACUUUGAUCAGCCCAAAGGUUGUAUCAAGGUAUCAAUAAUUCGGGAUUCUAUCUGAUUUAAGCUGUGUUCUGACUUUGAUCAGCCCAGAGGUUGUAUCAAGGUAUCAAUAAAUUGUUUAAAAUACAAUCUAAUAUUUGCUAAAACCUAAUAUUUAAUAACCUUCCUAAUCCUAUAUUAAUUAAAUAAUCACAUGAUAAAUCCUACCUGAGUAUCAUAUUUUCUUUUUAGCCGUUCCCUGAUCAGUAAAGAUUUGACAAACUGUUUCCAGUAUCCAAGCACUCUCUUCUCACGUUUCUAUUUUUUAAAAAAGGUUAAGCACAUAUGAAUGAAUGGGUGGAUGGGUGAAUGGAUGGAUGGAUGGAUGGACGAAUGAAAGAAAAUGAGAGAAUCAAUGAAAGAAAAUGCAGAGCAUUAGCAAAGUAUUUAUCUCUUACUUCUUCCUUUCUUCUUUCUGCUUCUUGUUGUUCUUGUCUCCAUGCAUCCAUUAAGGCAGGAACAGAUUCUUUAGCCACUACCAGCCCAUCAAUACUGUUACAAAAGAACAUCCUUUUUUGUUACUUGUGAGAAAAGUCCCCCCUUAUUGAUGGAUACCAUGUAAAUUUUAGAAUGUUCUAAUGCAAAAAAUGAUUGAAUGGAAUAAGGGGAACUAAAGACACAUCUUGGCCAAUAGGCUUUUACCCAUCAAUUUAUUCCUAUUGUAGGGUGUUCGCACUAAACCCGUGAAACAAAUACUAAUUUUUAGUACUAAAUAGUGAUAAUCGAACAAUAGGAAACAAAGGAUUUUGUAUGAAUUACUACUAAAUUAUUAGUACUAAAUAUUCACAGGUUUAGUGUGUGCACUCUAGCAUCUAAUAGUUCUUACAAGAGUAUGUACCAUAUAUCUGGUGUGAAAAAGGUUAAUUAAUAAAGUCGUAUGAAUUAGUGCAAA